CCUCACCCAGGGCGGUGUUGAUAUAACAAGAGCUGCCUCAGGGCGCUGCGGGAGCCUGGGAAGAAGCACCAAGUCACACCCUGUGCCUCUGCAGGGAGGCCGCCUGUGGAUUCCCCAGCCAGGUGCAGCUGAAGCUCCUGCUCAGGGGUCGGUAAGGAAAGAGGUACCGGGGAGCCAUACCCCCACCAGCUCCAGCCCCGGUCCAGGACCCGCUCGGGAGAAGCUGGGACAAGGGGGUCAAGAUGGCGUCUGUGUUUCGAAGUGAGGAGAUGUGUUUGUCACAACUAUUUCUCCAGGUAGAGGCUGCAUAUUGCUGUGUUGCAGAGCUUGGAGAGCUUGGAUUGGUUCAGUUUAAAGAUUUAAAUGUGGAUGUGAACAGCUUCCAAAGGAAAUUUGUGAAUGAAGUCAGAAGGUGUGAGUCAAUGGAGAGGAUCCUCCGUUUUCUGGAAGAUGAGAUAAAGAAUGAGAUUGAGGUUCAGUGGCUGGAGAAGUCCCCACCGACCCCGCUCCCUCGGGAAAUGAUUACUCUGGAGACCGUUCUGGAAAAGCUCGAAGGAGAGUUACAGGAAGCCAACCAGAACCAUCAGGCGUUGAAGAAAAGCUUCCUAGAACUGACUGAACUCAAGUAUCUCCUGAAGAAAACCCAGGACUUUUUUGAGACGGAAACCAACUUACCUGAUGAUUUCUUUACUGAAGACACGUCUGGUCUCCUGGAGUUAAGAGCUAUGCCCGCGUACAUGGCCGGAAAGCUGGGGUUCACGGCUGGUGUGAUAAACAGGGAGAGGAUGGCUUCCUUCGAGAGGCUGCUGUGGCGAGUUUGCCGAGGAAACAUCUACUUGAAGUUCAGUGAGAUGGACACAGUUCUGGAGGAUCCCGUCACAAAAGAAGAAAUGAAAAAGAACAUGUUCAUCAUAUUUUAUCAAGGAGAGCAGCUCCGGCAGAAGAUCAGGAAGAUCUGCGAGGGGUUUCGAGCCACCAUUUACCCCUGCCCAGAGCCUGCGGCGGAGCGCAAGGAGAUGCUGGCUGGUAUCAACACGAGGCUGGAAGAUAUAGUCACCGUUAUAACACAAACGGAGUCUCACCGUCAGAGCCUCCUGCAGGAAGCGGCUGCCAACUGGCACUCCUGGGUGGUCAAGGUGCAGAAGAUGAAGGCCAUUUACCACAUCCUGAACAUGUGCAACAUCGAUGUCACCCAGCAGUGCAUCAUCGCUGAGAUCUGGUUCCCGGUGGCAGACACCGGGCGCAUCAAGAAGGCGUUGGAGCAAGGCAUGGAACUAAGCGGCUCCUCCAUGGCCCCUAUCUUGACAGCAGUGCAAUCUAAAACCGCUCCUCCCACGUUUAACAGGACCAAUAAAUUCACUGCUGGCUUCCAGAAUAUUGUAGAUGCAUAUGGUGUGGGCAAUUACCGGGAGAUAAACCCAGCUCCCUACACCAUCAUCACUUUCCCCUUCCUGUUUGCCGUGAUGUUUGGAGACUGUGGUCACGGAACCGUGAUGCUCCUGGCUGCCCUUUGGAUGAUCCGUAAUGAGAGACGUUUCCUCGCCCAGAAGACAGACAAUGAGAUCUGGAACACCUUCUUCCAGGGGCGCUACCUCAUCCUCCUCAUGGGCAUCUUCUCCAUUUACACGGGCUUCAUUUACAACGACUGCUUCUCCAAGGCUUUCAACAUCUUCGGCUCUUCUUGGAGCGUCCGACCCAUGUUCAGAAAUGGCACAUGGAACAUGGAAACGAUGGAGACAAAUCCACUUUUACAGCUGAACCCCGCCAUUCCAGGCGUGUACUCUGGGAACCCAUACCCAUUCGGGAUUGAUCCGAUUUGGAACUUGGCUUCCAACAAGCUAACGUUCUUGAACUCCUAUAAAAUGAAGAUGUCGGUGAUCCUGGGAAUCGUCCAGAUGACUUUUGGCGUCAUUCUCAGCCUUUUCAACCACAUAUACUUCAGAAAAAUGCUCAACAUCCUUCUGCAAUUUAUUCCGGAGAUGAUUUUUAUGCUGUGCCUGUUUGGAUACCUGGUUUUCAUGAUCAUUUUCAAAUGGUGCUACUACGAUGUCCACGUGUCCCAGAAGGCCCCCAGCAUCCUCAUCCACUUCAUCAACAUGUUUAUGUUUAACUAUAACGACCCCUCGAAUGCACCCCUGUACAAACAUCAGCAAGAAGUCCAAAGUUUCUUUGUUGUUAUGGCUUUGAUUUCUGUACCGUGGAUGCUUCUGAUUAAGCCAUUUAUUCUUAGAGCCAAUCAUCGGAAAUCCCAGCUGCAGGCAUCCAUGAUUCAAGAACACACUACUGAAGACAUUGAAGGUGACAACUCGAACCCUCCCAGGAGAACAGAUGCCCACAGGGCCCAAGAGGACUACGAAGAAGAGUUCAACUUUGGAGACAUAUUCGUGCAUCAGGCCAUCCACACGAUCGAGUACUGCUUGGGCUGCAUUUCGAACACAGCCUCUUACCUCCGGCUCUGGGCCCUCAGCCUGGCUCAUGCAGAACUGUCCGAAGUGCUCUGGACCAUGGUGAUGAACAUCGGCCUUCGCCUGCGAGGCUGGGGAGGACUCAUCGGGGUCUUUAUCAUUUUUGCUGUGUUUGCUGUCCUGACAGUAGCCAUCCUGCUGAUCAUGGAGGGGCUCUCUGCUUUCCUGCACGCCCUGCGGCUGCACUGGGUGGAGUUCCAGAACAAGUUCUACGUCGGGGCUGGGUACAAGUUUUCUCCAUUCUCCUUUAAAAACAUCCUGGAUGGGACAGUCGAGGAGUAGCUGCAGGUCCCGUGGCUGAUGGCUGACACCACCUUCUGUAUCAGUCUUGUUUUUGACAUCAACUGUGCAAGGCUGCCAAUGGAAUGAUUGUUCUCAGCCAACCAGAGGCAGGAAGCCAUGUGUUAUUUAGCUACAAGUCCUGGGAUUUGAUACGACUUCACCAUGUUAUAGAGGAACUGCGUUGCAAGUCAUUUCAACCUCCUGUUAGGUCUGAAUUGUCAAAUACUAAAAUGAUAGAGAAAUUGGGGAAGGGUUGCUAAAUUAAUGUUUUCUUGUCAUAUUGUAAGUAUUAUAUUUAAGAAAAUAAACUUCUGGGCCAUUUACUUUUUCCGUAAGAUGUCUUUAUUCAAAAUUAUUUCAUAAAAUUUAGUGUCGAUAAUUUCAGGGCGAAGUUAAACAAUAGAGUUAUACAAACUACUCCAAAAGAAGGAUUAUUAUUUGAUUCCUUCAUUUCCUGCUUCCUCAAACACCUUUUAUCGUUGUCUGAGGCUAAGCUGCACAAGAUCAGGAACUUUCUCAUAGAUUUUUCUCUCUGGGUGAGGAAGAACAGCUAAUGUUCUGUGUUUGAUGGAGGGCGGGCCCCUGUGUGGCUCUCUGCUUUGUUAAACCCCACAUGACAUCAUCAGCAACUUUGUUUGCUCUGAGAGCACAUUAUGCUGGAGUAACUGGAGAAAGUGAUUUGUAGGCUUGGACAAAUUCAAGGGCCAGGUGUAGAAUAAGAUUGUUCCAAAUAGACACACA